CUAAAAUACAAAGUAGGUCUAAUGAAUGAAAAAAUGAUUGGAUUGUGGAUCUUCAACUUAAUUUUGAUCUUUGUCACCAUGUAUACAGUCCGACCAGAUAGACACUGGAUUACUGGACAAUCCCUCACACCAGUUAGUCAGCCUGAUAAAGAGCUCAGUGUGGAUAUUGGAGGCUUGGCUACUCUGCAGUGUUGUGUUUCUAAAAAACUAUUUCAGAUGAUAUAUUUGUUUAAGCAGCCAAACAGAGAAAAGCCUCGGCUUAUAGUUAAGGUCUUUAAAACUGGAGGAGAAACGUUUUACAAUGGAUUCCAAAAGUCUCGUUUUCAAAUAGAAAUAUCUGUAAACUGCUUCAAUAUGACCAUUUUAAACAUCAUUCAGUCUGAUGAAGCUACGUACUACUGUGCACUGAUGGAACCUCACAUUGUGUUUGGAGAUGGAACUUAUUUAAAAACUAAUGGUAGGAUUUUGGAUCAUGUUACUGUUUCAUUAGAAACAUCUAAACCAGUUCUGCGUAAUAAUUCAGUGGUGUGUGAACCAACUUUGAAUGAAAACAGCACUAACAUGACCACACAAGAGAAAACAGUGCUCAGUUUGGGAACGGCUUUGAGUUUGUGUGCACUUUUGAUUCUCUGUCUCACUUUUUUUCUACUAAUUAGAAACAAACAUGAUAAAAAAAAUACUUCUAUGGAAAAUUCAUUAGGGAUAAGGGAGGUAUGUGCUGAGACACUGAAUUAUGCAGCUGUGAAAUUCCCCCAAAGAAAAGUAAAUGCUGAAAAAAGGACAACUAGCACACUAACCGAGUGCGUGUACAGUGAUGUUAAGUGUAAGAUGUAAUUAAAAUUGGUUUGAAAAAUUGCUGUUGAGCAUUCAGUUCCCUUUAUAGAAAGAAAAUAUAUUUGAU